AUGUUGCAAUCAGCAAAUUCACCAUCACCCUCUGCUUCUGCUUCACUUGAACUUAUGCGGCCAACAACUAGCAGUUUAAUUUCAUCCGAAAAUCUCCUUUUAAAACAAAAAAAAGUCUUUGCAAGGUUUGCUUCAGUAGAAAUAGACGGUCAAAAAUAUAUGAAUCAGGAUGAUUUUGUUUCGGCUAUAGCACCGGGAGAGGAUUAUAAAAAAAUUCAAAAGGAACAAUUCGGAAUAUUAUUUAGAAUAGCUGACAAUGGUAAAAAAGGAUUAAUAUCUUUUCAGGAUUUUGUAAUUUUUGAAAAUUUACUUUCAAAACCGGAUGCCGAAUAUGAAAUCGCUUUUAGACUAUUUGAUGUCGAAGGAAAAGGAAAAAUUACCAUCGAACAAUUCAAAAAUAUUUUGUUUUCGAAUGUUACCCCAGAUAGUAUACCCUUUGAUUUUGAUUGUGAUUGGUUAAAAUUAUAUGUUGGUAGCGCACCAGAGAAAAAACAUGAAUUGGCUUACGAAGAGUUUACGCAAUUAUUAAAAGGAUUGCAAGCAGAACGACUUAGGCAAGAAUUUAAAUUUUAUGAUAAAGAAG